AAAGCUUUGAAUCAAAUUGAACCAAUUGCUUCGCAAAAUGAUUCACUGUUUCGAAGCAUUUGAAACGCCACUCGCUGGUGACAUAUGCUGGUCAAAACAGAGAAAUAACAACAAAAACUCAGGCCAAACAUGCAUAAAAACACAUUUUACAAACACAUUGCCAAUAUUUUAUUGAAAGUAAAAUCUAUCAAAUACAAUUAACUAAUUAUCUAAUAAGAUUAAAUAUAAAGUAUCUGUCUAACAUGUGUUCUUUUAUCAAUUUUCAGGACUUGUUUUGUUUUUUUCAUGGAUGGCUCAGCUAAACAGGUCAAUAAGAGACUAUUAACUACAAUUAUUCCUUUUAAUGAUACUAAUGUCUAAUUAAAAUGUGUAAACAAUGUAUAAAACUGGUCAGAGAUCAGGUAAAACACAGACACCUGUUCAAUGGUUCGAUAAUGAUUGGUCUGUUGACUUUCCUGUUGGGAAUCGUGUCUACAGUUGAUGCAGUACCCUUCUCUGUCUUAACUAGUAUUCCUUACUGGGGAUCUAUCAUCUACAUUAUCGCAGGCUCACUCUCCAUUGCUGCAGAAAACAAACUGAAUUCACCCUCCAGUUUGUGUUUGGUAAACGGUUCACUUGGAAUGAACAUUUUCAGUGCUAUAACUGCAGGCAUGUCCAUUAUCUUCAUUUCAAUGGAUUUGGUUAUAAAUAUACCUGUGACGUCACAUGCUGUGGUAUUAAGAUGGUGGUGCCCUUUCUCCAAAAGCUAGAACAAAACAUCCUUUUUUCUUUAAAAUGGUUAAAUUAAUCAUGUUUGUUAUAUAUUUUUUAAAUCAAUUUAAUAAAUAAUGUAAACUUG